CUUGCACCUCGAUAAUAGAGCCAGCCACGUGUACUUGUCACCCGUGCCAACGUCACUCACCCUUCUCUCUCUCCCCCUGUCUCCAAAAAUAAGAUGGAGAGAGAGAGAGAGAGAGAGGGGUCUCCAGCUUCCGUCCCCUUCCCCUCCUCCUCCUUGUUCGUCUAUCCCUGCGGCACGCGUCUGGGAGCGUGAGGAGAUGGGACCGUACCCGUUCGGAUCGGGCACGGCCGCGAGUGGGUGGUCCGACGCCGACUCCAGCCAGCAAUGCUCCGCCGCGGAGAUCGACGGCCUCCUCGCGGGCGCCGGCUACCGUGUCCGAUCAUCGGAUCUGCACCACGUGGCGCAGAGCCUUGAGCGGCUAGAGUCGGCCAUCGGCGGGGCCCCCGCCGACCACCUCGCCGCCGCCGAGGCCGUCCACUACAACCCCUCCGACCUCACCGCCUGGGUCGACUCCAUGCUCACGGAGCUCGCCCCUUCCCUUCGGCCGGCGGGGCCCCUUCCAGCCUCCCCGACCGCUGACACGUGGCCAGAUCCCACGUGCUUUCCCCUCCCUCCUCAGCCUUACCAGAUGGCCGUCGUCGCGGCCGCCACCCGGCAGCGGGAGGAAGAGGAGGAGGACUCCGCCAUCCGGUUAGUUCACCUCCUCAUGAGCUGCGCCGACGCCGUCCAGCGCGGCGACUCCGGCUUGGCGGGGACCAUCACCAAGGAGAUGCGGGUCGUUCUCACGCGUGUGAACACCGGCUUCGGGAUCGGGAAGGUCGCCGGGUACUUCGUCGACGCCCUCUGCAGGCGGAUCUAUUCGUUCUCCUCCUCCUCCACCGUCUCCGUCGCCGGAUCGGCGGCGGAGCAUGAGAUCCUCUACCACCACUUCUACGAGGCCUGCCCCUACCUAAAGUUCGCCCACUUCAUGGCGAAUCAGGCGAUUUUGGAGGCUUUCGACGGCUAUGACCGCGUCCACGUGAUCGACUUCAACCUGAUGGACGGCCUCCAGUGGCCAGCCCUGAUCCAGGCGCUCGCUCUCCGCGCCGGCGGGCCCCCCUUCCUCCGCCUCACCGGCAUCGGGCCACCCUCUCCGGACGGCCGGGACGCGCUCCGCGAGGUCGGCCUCCGCCUCGCCGAGCUCGCCCGCUCGGUCCGCGUCCGGUUCGCCUUCCGGGGGGUCGCCGCAUCCCGGCUCGACGACGUGCGGCCCUGGAUGCUCCAGGGUCCAGGGGAGGCCGUGGCAGUCAACUCGGUCCUGCAGCUCCACCGCCUACUCCGCGACCCGGGUGAUGACGGCGCCGCGCCGAUCGACUCGGUCCUGGGCUGGAUCGUGGGACUCCGGCCCAACAUCGUAACGGUGGUGGAGCAGGAGGCGGAUCACAACAAGCCGGCCUUCUUGGACCGGUUCACGGAGGCGCUCUUCUACUUCUCCACCAUGUUCGACUCGUUGGAGGGCGGAAGAGGUCCCGCCCAGCUGCUGCUGCAGCAGCAGCAGGCGAUGAUGGCGGCGGAGCUGUACCUCCAGCGGGAGAUCUGCAACAUCGUGUGCUGCGAGGGGGCGGCCCGGGUGGAGCGGCACGAACCGCUCGCGAGGUGGCGGGCCCGGUUGGGCCGAGCCGGUCUGAAGGCGGUCCACCUCGGGUCCAACGCCUUCAAGCAGGCCAGCAUGCUGCUCACCCUCUUUUCCGGCGAGGGCUACUGCGUCCAAGAGGUGGAUGGUUGCUUGACGCUCGGGUGGCAUAGCCGUCCCCUCAUCUCCGCCUCCGCCUGGCGGGCCGACGAUGACGUGGCGCCACCGCCGGAUAACCAACUCUUCAACACUAGCAUUACCGCCCGUGCUCCUGCUAGUACUAUCAGCAGCAGCGAUAAUAAGAGUAUUUUCAGUUGAUAAAUGACAGCAGCGGCGACGGUAACGCUGCUGCUAAUGAUCAGCAUAAUUAUGGUACCGUCAUCGGGAUGUAAAGUAUUGCCCAUUUAUCGCAUCGCCUUUGUCAUUAAUUAAUUCCAAAUCAUGGUCGCCUGUGUCUUUCA